AUUUGGAUCGUUUCGUUUUGUGGACGUGAUAUUAUAAUUAUGUUCUUUUUUUCAUAUUUCAUCUUGCAAAAUAUAACACAACAUCAAACUCCUUUAUUCUAACACAUUAACAAAACGUACUCUCUUGACGUUUUUCAAUCUAUCCAGAUUUUACGUUCAGUCCUCUGUGAUUGUGUUGAGCGCGAUUAGUCACACAUAAGACAGAACAUUUUGAAGUCUAAAUGUCUCUAUAGCUGUUUCUUUUUUCAGUUUGCCACGUGCCUUGAUAAAGACAGUAAAAACAGUGGAAACAUAUAUGACGUUUUUUCCAUGAGGGAGCUCGUCCUUCUCAAACAUUUCCAAGUCUUUUGCAUGAGUGUUGCAAUGGCAGGGAAGGACCUUAUGAAAAAUACGACUUUGUUGCAGUUACAGCACGUCACAGAGCAGCGAUUAGGUUACGUGUUGAUUCUAAGGUAUUUAAAGGGACCUUUCUUAUUGUGGCAUAGGCGCGAUUGAUUCGGAUAUAUUAAAUGUUCUAAACCUACACUAGCAAAGUGUCUUGACGUGAUGUUCAUGCCCAAUAAGGAAAUGCGCCUCAGAACAAAACAACCGAACUUGUUCAAAUCUGAAACGUCAGCUGGUUUUCAGCUGACACUGCUGCCAGUUGUGCAUCACUGAAUAUUGCAUUAGUCUAUCGGAAUGAUACAGAUAGUUAUAUAUUUGCAUUUUCUUUGCCCUCUGCGAUGCUACUUUGCAUUGUGUUGAACGGCAAACGACGAGCUACUGUAGUUACCAACAUUGCAUUUAAACGGUGAUGGCACAAAAACUAAAAACUGUUUUCGUCCAGUGUACUGAUAAAUGUCACAUUAUCACUUCAAUUAAUUUAUCGGGGAACAAAAUGUAUUUACUGAUGAAUCGAAUUUACAGUCACAUUUUCAAUCAACGUCAAUGCCGCUAAAUUAUGACAAAGCCCAUCAUUUCAAUGAUCCAGCUUUAGAUGAUUUAUUUAUAUGGAUACAUAUUCAUCAUGAAUACGUCUAUCCUAGGCAAGAGUGAUGAUACUACGGUCUGACCAAGAAAAUAAUUCGAAACAGAACAAAAGUCAGUUGGUAGGACGUCUGAGCCAAUCACCAUUGCAGCUGUAGCGGAAAGGGUAUGUCGACACCGUUUGACGCUCUUUCCGCUUUAUCAUGGCGGCGCCCAUAGCCAGGCAUGUUUUCAAAAUUAAUUUGUUCUCUAAAAGAUGUUUGAGUUAAAUAUACAAGAACGCGUUAGGUUUUGACAUUUUUUUUUACUUUGCACAAUGUUUGCUUAAUAUAGGAGUUACCGAAUACUAAGUUGUUUUUUUAUAGAUGUAAGUCAAUUUGCGGUCUGAAUUUUACUUAAUAGUUUUAGACACGAAAAAUGAAGAGAAAACCACAAGGGAAGCGGAGAGCGAAAGGUGAUGCUGACAGACUGAAAAAGUUUAAAGCCUCCGUAGAGGAGUUUGUUCAAAGCAGUUCGGGGCAACUUCGUUCAGGCGAAGCCGACGAUGACUAUCGUGGGAGCUCGCUGCCAAGACUGAAGGGAAAAAGUCGCAAAGAGUUACGGAAAGAGAAACGAAAGCAAAAAAAGGCUAAAAUGAAAAAUUACUACGAGGGCAAAAAGCAGCUGGAUCAAGAUCAGUUAUCUCACACAAUGUCGGGUACAGGCCAGGAGGGAGGAGGGGGAGUGGGAAAUGUUAAAAGAAAGAUGGAGAAAGGUAAAUCGGCUUUGAGUAAAAGCGAAGAAGCCCCUAGUCAGAAAAAAGCGAAAAACGCAAAGGAGAAAAACGUGCAGCAAGAAAAAUCCAACAAGAAAACCAAACCUGUACAUCACGAAGCUAAGAAAAAGGACAGCAGCAGACUGCGAGAGACGAGAAAGCAGGCGCUGUUAGAGGCUAAUGUUGCUGAAGACAAGGAGAUCAAGAGGCUAGAAAGACGUCUGGGUCUUAACAAACGGAAAAAUAAGACGUCCCUUCCUCAGUCCUUCGCCGCUGAUGGACUAGAUUAUAUCCUAGGUGUCCUGGACUCCGGGACAACGGCGUCCGGUCUGUACGAGAGCGACGAGGAGACGGGCGCGACCGAUGACAGACCGGAGAAACUAGAAGGAGGCGGCUCUGACAACGAGCAGGGUGACAGCUUUUGUGGGGACAGCGACACAGAAGAAGAGGCGAUGGACGUUAAUGAAGAAGAAGAAGAAGAGGACGGCGAUGACCUCUCAGGAGAUUUAGAGGAGGAGGAAGAAACGAUUGAAGAAGCAGCGGAAGGGGGUGAGACUGAGGAUACAGAUGAACACGAGAUUCCCGAAACAGAAGAAACCCAACCGGUGGGUGGUGCGUCUGGAAAAUACGUGCCUCCUGCUCUUCGGGAGACUGUGGAUUCCCAGCGUAGGGCAGACCUGGAGAGACUGAAGCGCAGUGUGAAAGGGCUGGUGAACAGGCUGAGUGAACCCAACAUGGCCUCCAUCAGCAGUCAGUUAGAGGAGCUGUAUAUGAGCCACAGUCGGAAGGACAUGAAUGACACUUUGACCGAUGUCCUGCUGGCAGCCUGUGUGACUCCAGCAUUGAUGCCAGACCGACUCCUCAUGGAACACGUCCUCCUGGUCAGCAUUCUGCACCACACAGUGGGGCUGGAGGUCGGUGCCCAGUUCCUGGAAACGGUGGUCCACAGGUUCGAAGAGCUGUACCAGCCUGACUGUCAGGGUAAAGAGUGUGACAACCUGCUGGCCAUUGUUGCUCACUUGUAUAACUUUCACGUGAUGCACUCACUGCUGAUCUUCGACAUUCUCAAGAAGCUCACCAGCAGCUUCAUGGAAAGAGACAUUGAGCUCAUUCUGUUUGUGCUGAAAAAUGUUGGAUUUGCGUUACGAAAAGACGACGCCGUGUCGCUGAAAGAGCUCAUCGCGGAGGCACAGAGCAAGGCCAACAGCUUGGGAACAAAAUUCCAGGAUCAGACAAGGGUGCGGUUUAUGUUGGAGACAAUGCUUGCCCUGAAAAAUAACGACAUGCGAAAGAUUCCUGGAUAUGACCCUGAGCCCGUGGAAAGGCUGCGCAAAUUACAGAGGACUCUGGUUCACCGGAGCGCAGCCGGCAGCGACGUGCGGCUGCGGGUCUCCCUGGAGAACCUCCUGGCCGCUGACAAGGUGGGCCGCUGGUGGAUCGUGGGCUCCUCGUGGAGUGGCGCCCCCAUGAUCGACGGCUCGGCCAACAGGCCGCAGCAGGCGACUGCAGGAGGCCAGUUUAGUACCAAGGUCUUGGAUCUGGCCCGAAAACAGAGGAUGAACACUGACAUUAGAAGAAAUAUUUUCUGUGUUGUGAUGACCAGCGAAGAUUACUUGGAUGCCUUUGAAAAGCUCUUGAGGCUGGGCCUCAAGGAUCAGCAGGAGAGGGAGAUUGUACAUGUGCUCAUGGACUGCUGCCUGCAAGAGAAGACCUUCAAUGCCUUCUACGCUGUGCUGGGAGAGAAAUUCUGCGCAUACGAUAGGCGUUUCCAGAAUCAAAGGAAUCAUUCCCUACAAGCUGAGAAACAAGAACUGACCAACCUCUAUAGUUGUAUGACUUUUCAGUUUAGCAUGUGGGAUAAAUUCCGUGAUCUGACAAGCAUGACCAGCUCCACCUUCAGCAACCUGGUACACCUGCUGGUCCAUUUCCUGAAGAAGAAGUCUCUGUCUCUGUCUGUCCUCAAGGCGAUAGAGUUCAGUGAACUGGAUAAGCACAAAGUCAGGUUUCUGCGCCAAGUGCUGACUAAACUUCUACGAGACACUGAACCAGAAGAGCUCACAAACAUUUUUGUCAGGAUUUCGGGAAUUCCAAAACUCGGAAUGCUUAAGGAAGGCUUGAAGCUUUUCAUCAGUCACUUUCUCCUCAAAAAUGUCGAAAGCCUGGAGACAACUGAGCAAGCAAACCUGCUGAAGGAACGAGCUGAUAUAGCCAUAAAGGCCUUGGAGGCCAGAGACUCUAAGCUCAAACUUUAAGAAGCAUCUCCAGAAGAAGGCCUUCGCCAUUUUUUAGUGUAUUUUUAUGACGUUCCUAUUAAUGGUGAAAAGGCUUUUUAUAUGUGGACGUUCAGAACUGGUUGUUCUGCUCUGGAAGUCUUGCAGCUGAAGUGGUCAUUUUAAUGACAGUGAAAUUCUACAUCUGAUUUGUACAAAAUAUCUUGCCGAUCAAGAUAAAGGCUUAACUCACCAGAGUCGACAGCUGAGAAAAGCAUCUUUAGCUUGUUUCGUGCGUUGCUGCAAUUAUUGUACUUUUCCACAUAAAUAAAAAUACAUCUGAAAUUCA